AUGAGCGUGCCCAUGUUGAAGAUCGGGGCGGUGCUCAGCACUAUGGCCAUGGUGACCAACUGGAUGUCUCAGACUCUACCGUCUCUGGUGGGACUCAACGGGACCACCAUCUCCAGAGGGGGCACCUCCGAGAGGAUCGUUAGUGCGCUGUACCCGAGUCCGGAGGAAGGCUGGCAGAUCUACAGCUCGGCGCAAGGCGCAGAUGGAAAAUGUAUCUGCACGGUGGUGGCGCCUGCUCAGAACAUGUGUAACCGCGACCCACGCAACAGGCAGCUCCGCCAGCUCAUGGAGAAGGUACAGAAUAUAAGUCAAACAAUGGAGGUGCUGAAUUUGCGAACCAACAGAGACCUCCAAUAUGUGAAGGACACCGAAGGUCUGAUGAAAACGGUGGACGGCAGGCUGAAGGUGGCCUCGGACAACCCCCGCAGUCUCAAUCCAAAAAGCUUUCAGGAUUUGAAAGACAAGAUGGGCGAUCUCCUCCGUCGCCUCCCCGUGCUGGAGCAAUACAAAGCGGACACCAAGAUGAUCCUGCACCUGCGCGAGGAGGUGAGGAAUCUGUCCUUGGUGCUGAUGACCAUCCAGGAGGAGAUGGGCGCGUACGACUACGAGGAACUGCGCCAGAGGGUCUUGCUGUUGGAAACCCGCCUCCACUCUUGCAUGCAGAAACUGGGCUGCGGGAAGCUCACCGGCGUCAGUAAUCCUAUCACGGUCCGUGCGUCGGGGUCCAGGUUCGGCUCCUGGAUGACAGAUACGAUGAUCCCCAGCUCUGACAACCGAGUUUGGUCCAUGGACGGUUACUUCAAGGGGCGUCGGGUUUUGGAGUACCGCACCAUGAGUGACUUCAUGAAGGGUCAGAACUUUGUGCAGCACUUGCUCCCCCACCCAUGGGCAGGAACCGGCCAUGUGGUCUACAACGGCUCGCUGUACUACAACAAAUACCAGAGUAAUAUCAUCAUCAAGUAUCACUUCCGUUCCCGGAGCGUCUUGGUGCAGCGCAGUCUGAGCGGCGCCGGCUACAACAACACCUUCCCUUACUCCUGGGGCGGCUCCUCCGACAUCGACCUGAUGGCCGACGAGAACGGUCUAUGGGCGGUCUACACCACCAUCCCCAAAGCCGGGAAUAUCGUCAUCAGCCGCUUGGAUCCGCAGAGUCUGGAGGUCCAGCAGACUUGGGACACCGGUUUCCCCAAGCGCAGCGCCGGAGAGUCCUUCAUGAUCUGCAGCACCCUCUACGUCACCAAUUCUCACCUGGCCGGCGCCAAGAUCUACUUUGCUUACUAUACCAACACGUCCAGCUACGAGUACACGGACAUCCCUUUCCACAAUCAAUACUCCCACAUCUCCAUGAUGGACUACAACCCCAGGGAGAGGGUCCUCUACACCUGGAACAAUGGCCAUCAGGUGCUCUACAAUGUCACACUGUUCCAGGUCAUUAAGACUUCUGGAGACUGAGAGCCCGACAGAGGCUGGACUCAUCUAAUGCUGUAUACAAUGUUUUUGGGACAAAAGACUGUGGGCGGGAACAAGUUCAAGCUGGGUGGGCGGGGCUAUUUAAGUGUUACACAGGCAUAGCCUUGUAUUUUCUAUCAAACCUUCAUAGAGUGCUAUUAUUCACAUUGUGAAAAACAAAGCAAGGUCCGACAUGAAACUGGACUAAGCAUUUCUGUUUUGUUUUCUUUCUGUGAUGAGUAAGCAUGGUCCAUUUUAAUUGUGAUGAGAAAUAAAUAUCAGUCUUUAACAUUUACAA